CAAUCCAAAAAUAAAGGUCUGGUGAGUCUACAUGGGAAGACUUUUAUUGUGAAACUCCGUUCCGGCGCAGGCGCACGAGGGCGUGUCGUUUGACUUGACAGAUGGCGGGCGGGAGACGCUCCUCUCGGCUGUCUCUCUCGGUCCGUUGGUCCAUCCUGGUUUCCAUUGUCUCCCCUCUUUUCCAAACCCUUGAAGACAAGCCCGAGAUGACAGAAUAAACUUCCGGCGCUCCUUUUUUCCCCCGCGGCGUUUGGAGACUUACCUGGGAUUUCACAGCCAUGGUUUCCGCCGAAAUCUGGACAUGUGGUAUUUUCUGUUUUUGUUUAUUUAUUUUUUUCUCCUCCAUGUGAUCUCUGCUGCUGCUGCUGCUGCGAAGGAGGCUCACCAAAAAAUAAGCUGGAUGUUUAAAGGGAAUCUGAUGUGGAGAUGAACCAGAGGACUCAUCAUCAUCCAGAGAUCUGGUGAUAUUUCUUAGCAUCCAUGCAACAAAAAUGAGCAAAGAUGGAUAAAACACAUCAUUUUGAAUCAUAAUAAUAAUACAUCUGACAGCAGAAGUUUCUUUCUUCUGAGGAUUCUUGAUUUUUCUCCCCCAGAGAGAAGAGGAGAGGGAGAUCCAGGGACCACUUUCACUUGUUUACUCCGCCUGGAAACAAAUUAGGCUUUUCUAAUAAGCCAUAACACAAAGUGGCGCUUAAUUGCAUUACUAAACAAGCGAUCUAAUCUGAAUAUCUCCAUCUAAUACCGACGUUUGGCUCUGUGAAUGAUGGGGACGAGGAUGCAGCUCUACUGGAAUUAGUGGGUCAGCAGGUGCUGCUUUUUUGGCACUUUUUGAAAAAAAAAAAAGGAAAAAUAAACCCAAUAAACCAGGUCAGAUUUAUUUGCUUACUCCGAUUGUCAGCGGGAAUGCAUCCCACCGGCUGAAUCAUUCGUUGUCCCCGUUUGGGCCCCUAAAAGUGGAAUGAAGCAGACAGCGUUGAGCCCCUCAGAGCAAAGGGGCUGAACUCCUCACUUUGAAGCCGCCCCUACCUGGGCUGCUGGCCAGACAGGCGACACCCCCCUCCGAGGAAGCUGUCGGAUUGUGACGGGAGAGAUCUGGGAGCUGAGCUCCACGUGGACCACCGCAGAGAGGGAGGGGGACAUCAUGGGGUGCUGUAGUGGCAGAUGCACCUUGGCCUUCAUCUGUGGCAUGCAGCUGGUCAGUGUUCUGGAGCGUCAGGUGAUAGACUUCCUGGGAUACCAGUGGGCUCCCAUCCUGACCAACUUCCUCCACAUCAUCAUCGUCAUCUUAGGACUCUUCGGCACAAUCCAGUUCCGACCGCGAUACGUCACCGGGUACGCCGCCUGGCUGGUCGUGUGGAUGACCUGGAAUGUUUUUAUCAUUUGUUUCUACCUGGAGGUCGGAGAUCUUUCAAGAAACUCUGACCUUGUCCUGACGUUUAACUUGUCCAUGCACCGCUCCUGGUGGAUGGAGAACGGCCCGGGGUGCAGAGUGACACUCAUCAGCUCCCCACCAACCUGGGCACCUGCAGACCACAGAUAUAUAUCUAUAUCUGACUGUCUGAUGGACUUUCAGUUCAUCGAGGUGGCUCAUUCUUCCCUGCAGAUACUCCUGGCGUUGGCGGGGUUUAUCUACGCCUGUUAUGUGGUCAAGCUCAUUUCAGAAGAAGAGGAUAGCUUUGAUUUUAUAGGGGGGUUUGACUCAUAUGGCUACCAGGGUCCUCAAAAGACGUCCCAUCUCCAGCUACAACCCAUGUACAUGUCAAAAUAACCCCCCCUUCAGGAGAGCUGCCUUAACCGAAGAGCAUGGCUUGAAAUCCCACUUUAACCACACAUACAGAGAGGAUGACUCAUCACUAUUCCAACAACAAAUCCACUAUAUCCUCAAUCAGACAUCCUCCGAUGACUCCCGUCUGCAGAAGGAUUUCCUGGAGAAACACUGACAUCAAGUGGUCAAACGGUGUAACUGCAAGAAAGUCCAAUUGGAAGCCUUGAUCCUUUGAUUUAUUCUUAUGGACACUUUUUGUGUAAAAUAAACCAAAGGGAUACAAAGAGGCAACAUUUUGACUUUUCAGGAGAUUUCUUACUCUUUCAACAGCAGGUUUAACGGACGAAUUAAAGCCUCCGACGGUUGAGGAAUGUGCAGAUCCUCCUGACCAAAGACAAAAUUAGGACAUCAUUUACAUCUCUGCAAACUGCACCGAUUCUCUUGAUCCCUUUGUUCUCGGUGCCUGAUGGAAUGAACUCUGGAACACCAUGGAAUGUGAGCAGGAAUUUGGCAAAAUGGAGGCUUGAUGCAAACUGGAGCAGCGCACAAGCACAAGUUUCCUCGACGGUCCCGUGGAAUGUUGAUGUCCGCUCACAUACGUGCAUGAGGACCACUCAUCUUUUCUACUAACAAUAUGAAUCUUACUGUUUACAAAGAAGGUUGUCGGGCGAAGAGACUUGGAUAUGUGUGUUGGGGGUCUUUGUGUCGUCUUUUGCCGUCUGAAGUUUUGGUCUUCCGCUCGAACUCUUCUGAAGCAUUUCCACAGAAAGAUCAGAAAUAACAGCCUUUACAGAAAUGACAAUCAAGCCACAAAAGUCUUGAUUUAAAAAAAAAAAAAAGGAAAAUUAGACGAUUGGACUCACCAAUUAUUUGCUUUAUCCAUUAAUGUCUCAACCCAUCAUAACAGUAAAGAAAGACACUGAAACUACUCGUCCUGCAGCUUCAGACUGAACUAAGGCCUCAACGUCCUAAUGUGAGGAUAGAAAUGCAGCUGUCACUUUGAAAGGAAACCUUUCGAGGCCUUCUCUCUUAAAGGACAGACUUCCAUCCGUGUCUCCGUUUCUCCAGGAGUUGCACCGCUUUGGUCUGAAACAUAAGUGUGCUUGCAUGAGGUUGUUUUCUGAGCUGUUGCAUAUUUAAUCUCAUGCUGCGUGUGACUAACUAGCUUUGUAAACAUGGGAACCGUACGUCGAAUGCUCCUCGGUUUCCUUCCAAGACUCCUUAGUGUGAACUUUGCUGUGCUUUUUUUCUAUAAAUACCAGUCUGAAGUGUCUGCAGAGUGUAGAAAAAUAGCAAAAUGUAAAAGACCCUCAAUGUAACUUUGAACUUUUUGAUGUUUUUUAUUCCCGUGGCUGUGUUUACUGUUUUUUCUAGUCGAGUAUUUAUGUGCGGUGUGGUGUAAAGUGGGACUACUUGGUUUUAUUUUCUCUAUCUGUACAGUGUGUUGGAAAUAAGAAGGUAGGACAGUGAGAGACACGAUGCAAUACAGUCUACGGCAUGUCAUUUAGGACAAAACUUUCAUUUAUAUCUGAACUUUAAAUGUUGUUUUUUUAAUAAAUUCAACUGUGAAAAUACAUGUUUUUUAGGUUCACCUAAAAUCUGGAAAGUUCAAGUUUAUUUGCACUAUUUUUUUAUCUUAAUUUAUUUAAAGUGUGAAUAUUCUCUGGUACUAAUACCGUCAGUCAGUUUCAACAUGGCACAUUGGAAAAAAAAAUGAAUAAAAGUACGUUUAACCGA